AUGGAUACAGAUUUCAUGGCAUACAGAAUUUACUGCUACACCGGGUGUAGCAAUAUGGAGCGGGAUUUCUGACGGCCUCGGAAGUGACAGUUCCAUGCCCCGGAAGCCUUACACGUUGCUGUUAUCGGUAUUAUGGCACCGCCGCUAUCCCGGUUCUGUCCGGUUUGACCAGCCAUGGCGGAACCACCGCGGGAAUCCCCGUGUAGUCUGACCAUACCGGUUGCGCGGAGCGGACCCCCCAGCCCGGGCCUCUCCUGCUCCGGACCCCGAAGUCCCCGCAGUCCCGGACAUCAAGAAAUUACCGGUAAAACGGCCGGAAAAUGGGUCCGCCUGAACGUGGGCGGCACGUACUUCCAGACCACCAAACAGACCUUGUGCCGGGAGCCCAAAUCCUUCCUGUACCGCCUGUGCCAAGAAGACCCGGACCUGGAUUCAGACAAGGAUGAAACUGGAGCCUAUCUGAUUGACCGUGACCCUACCUACUUUGGGCCAAUCCUGAAUUAUCUACGACAUGGGAAGCUAAUACUCGGCAAAGAAUUAGCAGAGGAAGGUGUGUUAGAAGAAGCGGAGUUCUACAACAUUGCGUCAUUGGUCCGGCUAGUAAAAGAGCGCAUUCGAGACAAUGAGAAUCGAACUUCACAGGGUCCUGUAAAACAUGUAUACAGAGUGUUACAGUGCCAGGAGGAGGAGCUUACACAGAUGGUGUCCACCAUGUCUGAUGGGUGGAAGUUUGAACAGCUUAUUAAUAUUGGUUCUUCCUACAACUAUGGGAAUGAAGACCAGGCUGAGUUUCUUUGUGUCGUUUCCAGAGAGCUGAACAACUCUACUAAUGGAUUGGUCAUUGAACCCAGUGAGAAGGCGAAAAUUCUUCAGGAACGAGGAUCUCGGAUGUAAGGAAGAACAUGGACUGGAAUCUAAUUAUCAGCUCUGUCCAGACUGUAACCAAAGCCCUCACUGCCGGCCGAGCUCAUGCGCUGUAUUCCUCAGUGAUCCCCUUGUCCUCAGCAGGCCUUAACACCCCCAAAAUAAAGAGGGGAACCUUGUGAACAUAGUAACACAGACAUUGUCUUCUCUUGUGGGCCUGUGCUUUGUAUUUUCAGGUUAUGUAGGAAUGAUGUCAGUUAUUGUGGGGUGCAAGUGUUUGGGGUGGGAGGUUAAAAUCUGCUUGUUUGCAGCUACAUGUGUAUUUUUUUUUUUUUUUUUUGUGUCCUUUUUCUGUGGCCUGUCAUCGUUUUCUGCUGUGCUCCAAGGACUUGCCGGAACCUGGCAUGUUCACUGCCUUUCUGCUUCAUAGUGGAUUCUCUGGCCUUCCAAUUGAAAUCUCUUCCUUUCUGACAGUUGCCAAAAGUCUUUCUGUUUCCUGUCUCUAGGGCUGCUUACAGGGCAGUCUUGUCCUCGGCUGUGCUAUUAUCGAGGAACCAUCUCCUAGAGACUCAUGUUUGAUACAUGCAGUUCUACAUACAGCUGGAUCUCAAGAAACAAAAUUACGACAAUUGUGGACUUUUACUGAAAUGAUAAUUUUUACAGCACAGAAUGCUGCUUAUACCCCCCAUGGUUACUAUUCAGCAAUUCUUAUUAAGGGAGCAUAUAUAAGGUAUCUACAGUGCAUGCAUAUACUUACAGUACGUAGCAUGGUAUUGUGUCCAGUUUGCAAGCAGGGUUGUGGAUAUUGUCUCAGUUUGGAUUGCCAGCCUCAGGCUGCUUUUUCAUUGAGCAAAGCACAAACUUUCUUAACAUUCCUUCUGUACAGAGAAAAGAUGUGGAGCCAAGUAAUUUAUGUUGUUGAUGUGGAUGUAAAAAUUUGUCUUGCAAGAACUGUUUCAUUGCCAAAGCUAGUUUGUAAUUUUGAAUGUGUCAUCUCUCUCCUACACUCCUCUCCUACCUUUAACUGUGGCUGCCAAGUUAAUCUGUUUGCAGUAUGCCUGUACAUAGUACAAUACAUUAUUUGUAUCUAAAAAGCAUAUCUUUGUUAUGAUAUUGAAAAGGGAAGAGGUCAGCACACUGCAAUUACUCAAUGAUGAAAUCAUUUUUUCUUUAAGCUUCAGUAGAUAACAGAGAGAUAAAAUAUAUUUGUAUGAAGGUAUCUAGCGUGAUAAUACUAUGCCGCUGCACCGACUUUUACUCACACCUGUUGGUUCUUGCAUACUUUAAGGCGGACUUGCCAUUAAAAUAAUUCAGAAGGUAUGAAUGCGGGUCACUGGAUCCAAAGUUAGUGAAACUGAACUAAGUGGAGUAGGGACUGUGCUGAAGAGCACAAUGGCAGCCUCGAACCACAAAGAGGGCUCUAAAUGGUGCUUUGGACGGUACCCAGGUUGUUUAGGAAAGACAAGUGCAUCACUACUAGUUUUGAAGUCCGCUGCUAAAGCCUGUUUGCAGCGCAAUAAACGAUUAAUUCAG